AUGACGCCUCGUCGCUCUUCUCGAGCCCGCACCUCCCAACCCUCGCCAGCCGUUCUCCAACAUACCAACUCCUCUAGCUCCUCAUCCUCCAUGACUCGAGAAAGAAGCACCCGUUCGAAUCACAAAAUCUCCUCUCCUCGGAGAUCCUCCACCCAGCGGUCCCAGUCCACCGACGAUGUCGAUCCGAAAAAUGACUUCCCACAGACGCGGCAGCGCCGCGCCCGAGGAGAUGAAGAACAAGACCCGCUGAGGCCUGGAGAGGGUGAGGAAUAUGAAGAAGAAGGGGAUGAAGAGGAGGAAGAAGAGGUCACUCGGUGUCUCUGUGGACAACAAGAAUACCCGGGCCUGCCGCCCUCCCGUCGAGAGACCUUCGGUCGCAAUGGUAGGGACGAGAGACCCUCGCAUCUGCCAAAUGAUGGAUCAGACUUGAUGUCUGAUGACAUUGGCAGUAUGUUCAUCCAAUGUGACGCCUGCAAGGUCUGGCAGCAUGGCGGUUGUGUGGGAAUUAUGGAUGAGGCCAUGAGUCCUGAUGAAUACUACUGCGAAGAGUGUCGGAAAGACCUCCACCAAAUAAAAAAUGAACCAAAUGGACAGCAUUCCUCCUCAUAUCUUCCUGUCGCGCCCCCCUUGUCCCCGCCUGCCUCUUCUCGAGACUCUUCCAGAGACAAUAGCUCCAGACGGUCGAAGGACUCCAAAUCUCGACAGAACGAAUCCUCAAGCAUCAAACGCCGUUCGACGAUGAACAGUCGCGAUGCUGCAUACGACGAAGAGGAACAGCUUCGACGUGCGAUCGAGGAGAGCAAGGAAGAAAAUAAAUCGACGGCCGAUGAGGUCGCAACCCGCAGAGGCAAGAGAAGUCGAAGUGAUAGUGAAGCCUUUAAACAAGUGCCCAAACGACCACGUACUAGCUCCCCGUCUCCAACCGCCACUUCUAAACAGAGCAAUUCGAUAUCACAGCCCGCAUCUGAGGAUGAGUCGAAAGCAAAAGCUGCCACCAAUGGCGCCAAGAAACAAAAGACAGCAUCACGAAACCAGCGCGAUAAAGAAACCAAAGAGCCAGAGGAGCCUGAACCUGAACGUCCAGAUACUGCCAACCGUCGGAAAGGACGGAUAGAUCGAAACGAUGAAUCAGAUCAUGAGGUCGGUUCUCCAACGAAACCCGUGGUUAACGAGCCCGAACCCUCGCAACCCAGUCCAGGCACACCAGCUCCUUCUGCAGCACCAGAACCAGCGCCCUCUCGUCCAUCCACGCGCAAGUCCGGGAGGCCACCUGCGCGUCGCGGUGGUCGCGUUGGACGCAACCAAUAUACACGGGAUCGGGACAUGAACGGGAAUGGGCUUGACGUUGGCUCAACAAAUUCCCCGCGGCGGGGUGUGUCACAUGAUAACGGCGCAGACUCGCCGCGGCCGCAUGUCAAUGGCGGCGAGUCGGGGAAACCAAGUCGUCCACGGUAUAUGCAUCCACAACGGACGACGAUGAAUGAGAUGAAGCGUCGUGUGGCUGGGAUCUUAGAGUUUAUCUCCCGCAUGCAGGUCGAGAUGGCAGUUGCGGGGGAGAAUUCCAGUCUGGCGGGCAACGGCGAUCGGCUAAACGGUGCCGCAGGUACAGCGGACCUAGGAGAGGUCGGCAUGCCACCAUCGACCGCCGCCAGCGAGGGUGGGGAAUCCGGGCCAGCAACAGACGGCGAAUCUCAACCUUCGAAGGAGAAAGGGUUCAAGGAACUCAACAGCCUCGAAAUGAUGGAUGUGCUCACGCGCCAUCUUAUGAAAUGGCAACAGGAGUAUGGCAGAUUUGGAGAGAGGUGA